AUGCUGUCUCUAAUCCUUCUCGGGGUCGCAUUGCUUUUCCUUUACAACAUUUCCAGCACUAUUCUCAGUUUACGUCGCAAUGUUCAAAUUGCCAAACAAUCUGGAAUCCCAUACGUGGUCGUUCCAAUAUACCUCCUCAAAACAUGGUGGCUAAUCACUAAUCGUUUGUGGCUGCCAUUCCUGGCGAAGCUGCCUCCAAAAUGGACCCGGUGGGUGGACUUUUGUCUCCCGGACGCCAUUUAUCGCAACAGCAUCGAGAUCUUCCAACGCGUGGGACAUGACACUUUCCUUGUCGUGACGCCAGAUCGCAUGUCGCUACACACUGCCGAUGCGUCUGUCAUCUCUCAAAUCACCACGCGAAGAAACGAUUUCCCCAAGCCAACGACCAUUUACCGGUCGUUGGACAUAUAUGGCAGAAACGUGGUCACAACCGAGGGAGCUGCGUGGCGCCAGCAUCGGAAAGCCACCAGCCCGCCGUUUACGGAAAAGAACAAUCAUCUCGUUUGGGCCGAGAGUAUCGAACUCGCCAAUGCUAUGCUGUCCUCGUGGCUAGGUCCUGAUGGCAAAGGCAACCAGACCGUGGACCGUGUAAUGGACGACACGAUGAGACUCAGUCUGUACGUCAUUAGUUCAGCGGGCUUUGGGCGCAAGCUGCAGUGGCCUUCUGCAGAUGCAAAAGCCGAUGUUGAUGAGGCUUAUCUUGACAAAUCCAAGAUACAAAAUCAGCGAGAUGACCGUGAUGCUGGCCAUUCCAUGAGUUACACCUACGCCAUCCAUUGUUUGCUGGACAACAUUCUUCUCCAAUUUCUCCUACCUCGCUGGCUGGUAAAGCGAGUUCCGCUCAAGACAUUCACGAAAGCCACCGAAGCGUAUUCCGAAUGGGGCAACUACAUGAAGGAAGCCGUGGCAGCCAAAAAACAGAGUCUUGAAGAGGGCGCGGACAGCAACGACCAGAUGGACAUCAUUACACAGCUGGUGAAGAACCAGCUGAACACGGAGACGAGCAAAGAUGCGACUCUAACAGACUCUGAAAUCCUAGGGAAUAUGUUUGUCCUUAUUCUUGCUGGCCACGAGACCGCGGCGAACUCGAUCCAUUUCUCUUUAGUCUACUUAGCGCUUUUCCCGAGAUCUCAGCGAGCUGUCCAGAAGGAUCUCGACCGCAUAUUUCAAGGUCGGCCGACCUCGGAAUGGGAUUAUGAGCGAGACCUGCCUGGAUUGUUCGGUGGCAUGGUUGGUGCUGUACUCGCAGAAGAACUGCGAUUGGUACCGCCUGUCCUCGGCAUUCCCAAAUCCACCUGGGGUGUGGGAGAUCAGCAGCUCACCGUGGAAGGCAAGUCGUGUACUGUCCCAAGUGGGACAUAUAUCAGCCUUGACACUUCUAAUGUACAACGGAAUCCGAGAUACUGGCCUGCGGGUAAGCCAACAUUGCCUGGUGGGAAGCCUGUCCACCCAGUUGCGAAUCUGGACAAUGACCUGGAAGAGUUCCGACCCGAGCGCUGGCUGCUUGAUGAAGAUGGCGAGGUCCAAACCACCACCCUGAACGGGAAGAAGGAGAUGCCUGGCGAAACCGUUCAGGCUGAUGGUCUCGGAGUGAACGAGUCUUCCGACACUUCCGACCGGCUAUAUCGGCCCCCGAAAGGGGCAUACAUACCAUUUAGCGAUGGAUAUAGGGCAUGUCUGGGAAGGCGGUUCGCACAGGUCGAGGUCCUGGCGGUGCUUGCCGUGCUCCUGCAGAAUUACUCGGUCGAAUUAGCUGUCGACCGCUGGGCUACAGACGAGGAAGUCAUCGCCAUGGAUGAGGAUGCACGUGUCGAAGUGUGGCAGAAGGCUGCGCAACGGGCUAGGGACUUGAUGCUCAACGGGCUGAGUGUGAUCAUUUCCCUGCAAAUGAGGAAGGGCACAGUCCCGCUACGCUUCGUGGCUAGGGGAACGGAGAAAUUCCCUGACGACGUCGACCAGAAAUGGAAGGAUAAGCAUCCUGAAAUGUGCAGGGAACCCGAACCCGUACCCAAUUGGCGAUUCUGGGGAUGA